AAGGAGGACAAUUUUAAAACCACAGGAAAUCCUAUUUUACAGCUUCAAAAGGAACUUUUCUGUGUGAGUCUGUUUUGAAACUUUCACAUCAAAAGAAAGAAGAAAUAAUGCACAACCUGAGGACUGGAUGACAAACUAUCUGUGGAUCUGAUUUGAGAAACAGGAAGAGAAGGAAAAAAAAAAAAAAAAAAGCACUGACUUGUGGGAAAUACUUAAUAUGACAGAGUCCUCCCAUGCUGCCUACGCUGCUGUGGCCCCGUCUGCGAUCACAGCGUCCCCCUCCUCAGGAUACCUGAUGACGAUGUUUCACGCGUACCAGAGCAACAAGGUCAUCUUGGACCACUACAACUACACGGGCAAGCUGAAGGAGAACAAGUACAAGGACGGACUCAAACCGGAGGCCAUCGUGUUCCUGCUGGUCUGCCUGCUCAUCGUUGUAGAAAAUGCUGUGGUGCUAAUCGCCAUCUGGAAGAACAAGAAAUUCCAUGUGCCCAUGUACUACUUACUGGGCAACUUGACCCUCUCCGACCUGCUCGCAGGUUUCACCUACAUGGUGAACCUCAUAACAUCAGGGGCCAAAACGCUACAGAUGACCCCCGUGCUGUGGUUCCUGAGGGAGGGGGGUGUGUUCAUCAUGUUGGCCGCCUCGGUCAUCAGCCUGCUGGCCAUCGCCAUCGAGCGCCACGUCACCAUGGUGAGGAUGAAGCCGUACCAGGGGGACAAGCAGGGGCGCAUGUUUGCUCUGAUUGGAGCGAGCUGGGUGUUGUCCGUGUUCCUGGGGGUCCUGCCCGUCCUGGGCUGGAACUGUAUGGGACAGCUGGACCAGUGCUCCACGGUCCUGCCGCUCUACGCCAAAAGCUACAUCCUCUUCUGCAUCACCGUCUUCAGCGCCAUCCUCAUGUCCAUCGUGGUGCUGUACGUCCGCAUCUUCCGCAUUGUCAAGUCCAACACUCAGCGCCUGGCUUCGGUUCCCCAGCGCAAAGGCCUCUACCGCAAGUCCCAGAAGUACAUGGCGCUGCUGAAGACGGUCACCAUCGUCCUGGGAGUCUUCAUCGCAUGUUGGCUGCCCCUCUUCAUCUUCCUGCUGCUCGACUUCUGCUGUCCGGCCAAAAGCUGCGACGUGCUCUUCAAGGCCGACUACUUCCUGGGCAUCGCCAUGUUCAACUCCCUCCUCAACCCCAUCAUCUACACGCUGACCAGCAAGGACAUGAGGAAGGCCAUCAUCAGGCUGCUCUGCCGACCCUGCCUCCUGACAAAAGACGGACAAGUGAAGAAGAUCGGGAUUCCUUUCCUGGAGUGCAGCACCAGUAAGACCGACGCGGCCUCUCACAGGCUGGAGGGGCUGGAGACGACGGUGUCCUCCGGUAACUUGACACCCUCAACGAUCAAAGCCAUCUAUCCCAGGAUGAGCAAGACAUGACACACGGCUUCGCCCUGAGAGCAAACAGUCAGACUAAAAACUGGGCCACUCACGUGCUCCGGUGGAGCAGACCUGAGAAGGGCUGAAGCGUUGUGUUGCACUGCGUCACAGUUUCGGUUAUUUUUGGUCUUCACGAGGAACAUAAGCUAGACGUGUGUGAUAAAUGUCCACAUUGGGAGAAAGAGUAACUUUUAAAAAAAACAUUUUCUUUGCAUGUUCUCUGUUAUUGUAUGAUCAUGAAAAACAUUAAUCUCGUGAAAAACUAGUAUUAAAUUUGUCUCUUUGGACAAAACAGGGCCAGUAUUUGUCAGAGGAAGUUCCAUCUGGCAAAAAUGUCAUUUCACUUUAUGAAGUUAAAGAACCGUGUGUGGAUAAAUGCAGCCCACCACGCUGAACAUCUGAUAGACGAGGGCCGGAGCCAUUUAUCCUUAUCUCUGCUCCCUGUGCAGCGUAUAAUCACACGUGGUUACAAACACGGAGCAUCCACACCCAAACUCUGCAGCCAUGUAAUUUCUACCAUGUGAGCGUUGGUCAGCGCGGAUGCUGGGGAGAGGUCCUCCCCCACCGACAUCAGAGGCUCCGUGGGCUGGAGACGCUCUGAAGACGUCAUAUUGGCGAGCUGGCUCUGGGUGGUUUGCAGCUCUGGAGGUCCCCUGACAUGUGUAGCGACACAUGAUGAAUGAGUAAAAGCAAUAAAGGCCGACAGUGGAGGUUUGCUGACGCCUUUUUGGUUUAACAAACUACAAUAUCACAGUUACAUGCUCGAGUCUCCAGAGCUUUGUAGUUGGGAUAAACUUCACCUCACCACGAAGUGAUGUGAUUCGCCUAUUUUUAGGACGAGACAUGAAGAUAAAUAUAAUCUCGUCUUUCAGAUCAGUGGGAGACUGAUUUCAUGACUGUAUAUAAAUGUAAAGAAAUAAAAUAUAUUUUCACUGAGUUUUUUUUUUUUUUUUUUUAAAACACACUUUGUAAAUAUCUGUACCUUUGUUUGAGCUGCAUUAAUGUAAAAAAAAAAAAAAGAAUCAUUUUAAGUUAUGUCUGUUUUAUAU